CUGGUCUGUGUGCAUUUCGAACUGUGCUCUCCCCCUAUUUUUUUUUCCUUUGUGUUAUGGUUUCCUUUCUUUUGCAUGCAAGCCUUGGCCUUUUUCCAGGCCAAGCCUGGCUCUUUGGGAGCCAGAAGGAGGAGGAGAGAAAAGAAAGAAGGGAAGGAAGGAAGGAAGGAAAGGAGCCCAGGCCAAAGUAGGUUUUUUUUUUUUUUGGACACACUCUCUUUGCACACUCAGUCCUGCACAUCUGCUCUUUUUCAUGGAGUUGCUAUAGGAACUGUAGGGACAAAGGCGAGAGGGACGUCUCCUGGGCCUGUGCGGAAAGGGAAAGGGACGGAAGAGAGAGAGGAGGAGUUUUGCAUCCUUGGUUUGCGUGUAUCUUCGGCAGCCGGAGGCUGGACAAAAAGAAGUUGGGGAAGAAGGGAUGGGAGGAAGUGAAGCACAGCUGGAGGCACAAGGCGGGUAGGAAGCCCACGCUCGGAGCCAUGGCGGCCGCUCUGGGGUCAGACCAGAGAUGGAGAACCAACACUCAGGGCCAAACAGAAAUGUGAAUGGCAGUGACGGACAUCCUGGCUAAAGUGGGAAACGCCAAGGAUGCUGUGCUUGCCAAUCCUUUUGCUGGCUGGCCUCUCCCAUUGUUCUGGCUCUGAAGUCAACCCAGAAAUAUGUCGUUAUCCUUUGGGGAUGCAUGAAGGGACCAUUCGGGAUGAAGAUAUCACCGCUUCCAGCCAGUGGUACGAUUCUACAGGACCUCAAUAUGCACGGCUGCAGCGAGAGGAAGGCGAUGGGGCUUGGUGUCCAGCUGGUCUCCUGCAGCCAGAAGACGUCCAGUUCCUCCAGAUUGAUCUCCACAAACUCUACUUCAUCACGCUGGUGGGGACCCAAGGGCGGCACGCUAGGGCCACUGGCAAGGAGUUUGCCCGUGCCUAUCGCAUCGACUACAGCCGCAACGGGGAGCGCUGGCUCUCUUGGAGGGACCGACAGAACAGGCAGGUUAUUCAGGGCAACAUUGACACAUAUGUUGUGGUCCUCAAAGAUCUUCGCCCGCCUAUCAUUGCCCGCUACAUCCGAGUGAUCCCGGUCACUGAGCAGCCCAUGACUGUCUGCAUGCGAGUAGAAUUGUAUGGCUGCAUUUGGUCUGAUGGUUUGGAGGCCUACAGCAUGCCAGAAGGUGAGGUCAUGGCAGCCCCAGGCCAUCCCAUCGUUUACCUGAAUGAUUCAAUCUAUGAUGGUUUCCAAGAACGCAGGUCUCUCCAUGGCGGCUUAGGCCAGCUGACUGAUGGCAUCUUGGGGUUAGAUGAUUUCACCAAGAGCCACCAAUACCGAGUGUGGCCAGGCUACGACUACGUGGGAUGGAGGAACAACAGCUUCCGGAAUGGCGCCAUUGGGUUGGAGUUCCAGUUUGACCGGCAGAGGAACUUCACCUUCAUGAAGGUCCACUGCAAUAACAUGUUCUCCAAAGGCGUGAAGAUCUUUGAGCGGGUGGAGUGCUUCUUCAAGCCACAGCUCUUUGCGGAGUGGGAGGCUGAGCCUGUGGGAGCAGAUACCGUUCUGGACGACAAGAACCCCAGCGCACGGUUUGUGACCGUCCCCCUCGGUCAUCGGGUCGGCAAAGCCAUCCUGUGCCAGUUCUACUUUGCCGACACGUGGAUGUUGAUCAGCGAAGUCUCCUUCCAAUCGGUGUACGUGGAUGUCUUUGACCCCAUUGUGGUCACUCUGGCAUCAAGCACAACCUCAGCAAUCUUUCCAUCUGAAGAAAUGAAUGCUACAGAUGGGACCUGGGAGACCACUACGAGAUACGGCACCAAUCCCUGGACUGAGCCCAAUUUAGAGGCUUCCAGCACCUCCAGCCUUGUCGGUUGCCUUGUGGCCAUCAUCCUUGUCCUCCUCGUCAUCAUUGUGGCCAUCUUGUGGAGGCAGUAUGCCCAGAAACGGCUGGAGACGGCUCCCCGACGGAUCCUGGAAGAGGACGCCACCGUCCGGUUGUCCUUCUACAGCUCCAGGAUGGUCGGCGGCCAGACGCAGAUCCAUCAAACCAACCCUACCUAUGAGAGGGUCUUCCCAUUGGAUCUGGAGUACCACCAGCCCAUCACCCUCCUCCAGAAACUGCCCGAAUUAUCCCAAAGUGCCGAAGACUCAGCUUGUAGCGGCGAUUAUGCUGAGCCGGACCUCACCAAAUGUACCCCUCACCAAGGAUUCCAGAAUAACGUUCCACAUUAUGCCGAGACAGAUAUCGUCAGCCUACAAGGAGUGACCGGCAAUAAUACAUAUGCAGUACCUGCCAUUACAGUUGAUUCAUUGAUCAAGAAGGAUAUCUCAGUAGCCGAAUUCCCCAGGCAGCAGCUGCGACUCAAGGAGAAACUAGGAGAAGGGCAAUUUGGGGAGGUCCAUUUAUGUGAAGCCGAUGGUCUCCUAGAAUUUCUUGGACGCUCUUCUUCGGAUGCGUCCAGCCGGCCGGUCCUAGUUGCCGUCAAAAUGCUGAGAGCCAACGUCACCAAGACAGCCAGGAAUGACUUCCUAAAGGAGAUCAAGAUCAUGUCUCGCCUGAAGGAUCCAAACAUCAUCCGGCUCCUGGGAGUCUGCGUGCGGGACGAUCCGCUGUGCAUGAUCACCGAAUACAUGGAAAACGGGGAUCUUCACCAGUUCUUGUUGCAACGGCAGAGUAGAAGUACCUUCACCCUCUCCAACAACAUUCCUUGCGUGAGCUGCCUCCACCUCCUGCUCAUGGCGACUCAGAUUGCAUCCGGCAUGAAAUACUUGGCGUCCCUCAACUUUGUCCACCGCGACUUGGCCACUCGCAACUGCCUGGUUGGGAACAACUACACCAUCAAAAUUGCCGAUUUCGGCAUGAGCCGGAACCUGUACAGCGGGGAUUACUAUAGGAUCCAAGGCAGGGCUGUGCUGCCAAUUCGCUGGAUGGCCUGGGAGAGCAUCCUCCUGGGCAAGUUCACCACAGCGAGCGAUGCAUGGGCUUUCGGGGUCACGCUGUGGGAGAUGUUCACCCUGUGCAAGGAGCAACCCUACAGUUGGCUCUCAGACGAGCAGGUCAUCGAGAAUACAGGGGAGUUCUUCCGAGACCAAGGACGACAGGCUUACUUGUCCCAACCGCUGCUGUGUCCGAACCUGGUCUUCUCCUUGAUGAUGAAGUGCUGGAGCCGAGACAUCAAGGAUCGCCCGGCCUUCGAAGCCAUUCACUUAUUCCUGGUCGAGCAAAUGGAUGGAAGCAUUUGAGCCGCAAAAGGGACGGAACAAGGCUGGCCAUUGGUUUGUAGCUUGGGGAAAAGCCAGGCGAAGACCACACAAGGAACCUGUCAUUGAUUCUGGGGAAUGCCUUUGCAACGUGGCACAGAUGUGCUCUCGUCUUGUGCCAAACCACGGCGUUGAUAUAGACAACAAAUGUUUGCCGUUGGACUUGAGAUAACAUCUUUUUGACCCGAUCUUUCUACGCACCAAAGACUGCCUGUCACAUGGAUUCCUUCCUUCCUUCCUGGAAAUACUGAGAGUUUUGUGGUCCUUUGCUGUCUGUUUCUCGACGUAUGUUCUAACUUGGGGUGCAUCUACACCAGGCAUGGGCAAACUUGUGGCCCUCCAGGUUUUGUACUUCAACUCCCAUAAUUCCUAACAGCCUCCAAAACACCUGGGGGGCCGAAGAUUGCCUAUGCCUGAUCUACACUGUCGAAUUAAUGCAGUUCAGAACCACAUUAACUGCCGCAUCUUAAUGUUUAAUUGCUGUUUGGUAGCCCAGGUUUGUCUUCCGUAGAAUUAUUGACUGUGGGAUUAUUGCAAUGAUGAACAACAGUGGCAACAGUGAGUCACCCUGGAAAAUUCAUCUCUUGAUGUUAACAGUUCCAUAGCUUUCAUUGCCCACAAACAGCUCAGUUUUCCAUUAUUUCACUAUAUUUCAGUGAAUUUGCUAAUAUUUUCACAAACCCCGAUGACAUCCAGACAUUUGAUGAUCCAACUGCAAGGAGCAUUCAUGAAAGAUUUCCCCUGAUCCAUUUUCUGAGAGCAACGAAAUUGUAAAUUGGCACGUAACCUAUUACUUACUUAGGCGAUCCCUCGUAGUCCGAGGAUGAUGGUCCUCCAAGGUCGGUGUUCUGUCGGUGAAUCUGUAAGUGACUGUGGAGCCCAAUUCUUGAUCUGCAUCUUCUCCCGCAAUGAGGGCAUUGGUUUCCAGAUGGAAGGCGGUCCCGGUCGGGGUUGGCUUGAGGGCAAAAGAGAGAGGUUUCCCUCCAUUCGUGCCUCUUCAAAUUCUGCAGCACUGCUGGUCACAGCUGACCUCCAGCUGGAGCGCUCAAGGGCCAGGGCUUCCCAGUUCUCAGUGUCUAUGCCAGAGUUUUUAAGGUUGGCUUUGAGCCCAUCUUUCAAUCUCUUUUCCUGCCCACCAACAUUCCGUUUUCCGUUCUUGAGUUCAGAGUAGAGCAAUUGCUUUGGGAGAUGGUAGUCGGGUAUCCGGACAACGUGGUCGGUCCAGCAGAGUUGAUGGUGGAGGACCAUCACUUCAAUACUGGUGGUCUUUGCUUCUUCCAGCAUGCUGACAUUUGUCCGCUUGUCUUCCCAAGAGAUUUGCAGGAUUUUCCAGAGGCAGCACUGAUGGACGUAACCUAUAGAGACGUAUAUCAUUACACACGUGCAGUUUCAGAACUUUGUGAUAAAUACAAGUGGGUCAGGGGAAAUCUUUAAUGAAUGCCUCUUGUAUGUAAUCCUGGGUUGCUGUCAUUUGGUGAGCCACCGGCGUUGUUUUUCCGAGAAGGUGAAGGUCAUUCAACGACAAUUCCCACAACUCCAUAAACACUAAAAGAGGUGUCAAAUGAUAUUAAUUUUACAGUGUUGGUAAGAUGGUGUCUUUCCCAUUUCAUCCCAGUAUAAAGACCUUAUGUGGAAUGGGAUACUUUGGAUUUGGGCAAAGCUCUAGAUGCUCAAGGUAUGGAUGUGUCCGAAUUCUUCCACACUGGAUUUUAUGUUUCGAUUCACACACUAUAUAAGGAAUGUUUAUAGGAAGACCCUCUGCUAGUCUGCAAAUGGGGAUAGUUAACACUGUGGCUAUUAUCAUGAUUAUGUGAAAAUUAUGGCCAAAAUGGACUGUUGUGUAGAUUAUUCUGUGCCUGAAUCUCGUUUUCAGAGGAAGCCAAAGAAGAGGCAGAGCUCAGGUUUGGCUCUUCUCGCCAAUAUCAUUGUAUUAUGAUUCAAUCUCUCUUUGUACCGGUUGAGUAUUUCGUCUCCGGAACACUUGGCACCGGAAUUAUUUUGGAUUUCUGAUUAUUAUUUCCCCCCAGAUUUGAAUAUAUUUGCAUAUUCAUAAGGAGACGCUUCAGAGAUGGGGACCCAAGUCGAAACCCAGCGUUCAUUUUAUGCAAUAGGUCAUUUUGAUACAAUAUUUGUAAUCAUUUUGUGCAUGAAAUUAAGUACGUUGAACUACGGAAAAGCGAACGGUGCCACUGUCUCGGCCACCGAUGGGGACAAUUUUGGAGUAUUUUGCGUAAGGGAUGCUCAAGCUGCAUAAAGACAACCUGCUUUUACUUUUUGGAAAUCUUUUAGGGAUGUUAUUAUCUUGGAAAGCGCUGCCAAACUGCGUUAAGUCGAAGAUGUAGAUGCACCCCUUGAGCCUCGUUGCCACUCCUGUUUUCUUUCCAUGUUACUUGAAGUUCGAAACUGUGGAUACUUUGGCCAUUUUGUCCCAGAGCACAUACGAUUCCUCUCCAAAUAAAGUCGCGCUCUUUCCUCUUCCCUUUUUUUCCAUCUGGUUCGGUUUGGUGUCACUUCCUCCAGCUGUUGCGGCUGUGUACAUACUGUAUUUAGAACAGCGUCCAGAUGUGUACAUACUAUAAUAUAUGGAUUUUUCACCAGCACAUUCUCCUCUCCACAAUCUUUCGGCGGGUGGGGAUCGUGCCUUGUUGUCUGUUUUGUUUUGUUUUUUCUACAUCGACAAAUGACCAAUAAAUUGUGUUGGUUU